AUGCGUGCUUUUGUGAGAAGCCUUUCCGUGCUGUGGAUAUCCUUGCAAAUCUUCUCACCCUGGGUGGGAGCAAUUUUGUGGAAGUCUAAGAUUUCCUUGGAUCCCCCGUGGAACAGAAUAUUUGGAGGCGAUAAUGUGAUGCUUACAUGUAAUGGAGGAAAGUCGGUUGUAGCCAACUCCACUAAGUGGUACCACAAUGAUUCCCCUUUAUCAAACUCGACUUCUUCAAGUUUGAAAAUUGUAAAUGCCAAAAUCCAAGACAGUGGAAAAUACACAUGUCAGAACAAAGAAAAUAAACAGAGCAACCCCGUGUAUCUGCAAGUCUUCAGUGACUGGCUGCUCCUUCAGGUCUCUGAUGAGGAGGUAAGAAAGGGCAAGCCACUAUUCAUUAGGUGCCAAACUUGGAGGAAUAUGAACGCCUACAAAAUGAUCUACUUCAAGGAUGGCAUAGGCCUCAAAUACUGGUACGGUAAACAUAACAUCUCAAUUGCCAAGGCUGAAUUCAAAGACCAUGGCACCUAUCGCUGUGAGGCCAUUGUUCAGAGGAUAAAACGUUCCUCAGCAUCCCUCAACAUUACUGUAAUUGCUUCAAAAGUCAGCUUCGUCUGGCUACACAUUUUCAUCCCAUUGCUGAUAUGGAUCCUGUUUACUGUGGACAUAGGAUUGUUUAUCUCGACUCACCAACAACUCAAAUUGUUCUUGAAGCUGAAGAAGAAGAGAAAAGGCAACAAACGCCAGGACGCUCAACCAAAGAAAAAAGACCGAAAAACGUCUGAUCCACAACUAAGGCCAGAUCCCAAAGAGGAAUGACGUCACCAACUCAAGAAACAUUUGCACACAAAACGAGAAAGAAACGUUAGCACCAACAAUU